AUGCAUCAUAGUAUACAAGGCACGUGGAGUAGGGGUAUACAUAUGUAUCCGAGUCCCUUUGAAGAUGUUCUAAAAAUGGCUUUGAUUGGCUUGAUAUUCGCAGCGGAUGCAUUGUAUAAAAGGAGAAUAUACCAAGAUAGCUCUCGUGCGCAAAUUCCAGAUGACUGCUACCUACUAUUAUGCCUGUUUGUCAAUAGGAAUGAUGAAGCCGAGAUCUCCUAUAUUCCCGUGGCCUAUGCGUGCAAGCAAACCUGCUCAGGCUCAACACAAAUCAAGGUCGGACGAAAUCACAUAGAAAUGUCGGCAGUCCUUUAUCUAUCCGUCGAGGAAAUUGUGGCCUAG